GUGUAGUUGCGGGAGAGGUAGAAUAGCCCACUGCGUCGCGCAGAGGUGGGCGGCUCUCCUGUGUGGACAUUUUGGGUGUAUAGACGCGCCAUGAAUCUGAAGCUACUAGGUAAAGAGAAGACAGGGGGACUCACCAUCUUCAGUUGCGCCCGCCAUGUCGCCGUCUCUGGCACCUUCACUCUGUAUAGUGGCGCCUUCCUUGGACGUCGCGGAGGUGGUGCAUGUCGGGGAAGUCGCGCCUCCCGCAUUGGCCGCCCCCACUCACCAAUCACCCGUUCAUCGCCGCCAAGCCAUCUCCCCCAAAGGCCACCAAAGCAGCUUCACCAAACAGCUACGAGGAAGACAAUCACGCUUCCAUUGCCCACCCAUACUCCAUGUCGAGCCCACUCGUAGACGUCUGGGAGGCCGCUGCUUCCUCGCCCUUCAGCCCCACAAUCGGAAAGAACACGCAAUUUACCGUCGGCUUUCUGCUGCUGUUCGCCUCUCUCGUCUUGACCACCAUUUUCAGCUUGAAUCGAUCAGUCGCCAAUCUGCCAGUGCUCGGUGUUCCGGCUUCGUUAGCAUUCGGCUUCGGCGCAGUGUACAUGAUCUGCGCAGUCGGAGUCUACGUAUAAUUUCUUUCUCACCGCGUCCGGCGUUUGGGGUAUACUCUCUGUAUAGUCAUGGGAAUGCAAUAAAAAGUUCAAGACCGAAGACACCACUA